CAUUGUCAAACGGUCACAUUGACUUCGAGAAAACUCGUGAAAUUGUAAAAAACAAGCAGAAAAAUACAAUUUAAUUAUUGCCAACACAGUAAAUAACUUUAAAUAAAUAUGUCAUUGUUUGGAGCGUUAAUGGGCGAUUUUGAUGAUGAUCUCGGAUUCAUGAACAAUCACAUGAACCAUCACAUGAACGCAAUGAAUAUGCAAAUGCGGUCAAUGAAUCGCUUGAUGAAUUCCUUUAUGCCCGAUCCGUUCAGUAUGCUCGCUCCAUCCCCAUUUGAUCCGGGAUUCCAGCAGGGCGCCCUUAUGGAACGCAGUCAACAGGCCAUGGCUCCAAUGGGCGGAGGACUCUUUGGUUUUCCACCAAUGCCAAGUUUCAAUCGCUUGCUUAAUGGUGCUGAUAUGGGCGCCACUAAUGGCGCUUCAUUUUGCCAAAGCAACGUCAUGACCGUAUCAACUGGUCCGGACGGACGUCCUCAGAUCUAUCAGGCUAGUAGCAGCACCAAAACUGGGCCAGGCGGAGUGCGAGAGACACGCAAGACCGUUCAGGAUUCGCGUACAGGUGUGAAGAAAAUGGCCAUUGGCCAUCAUAUUGGCGAGCGCUCGCAUAUUAUCGAAAAGGAGCAGGAUCUACGCUCUGGCCAGCUGGAGGAGCGUCAGGAAUUCAUCAAUCUGGAUGAGGAGGAGGCCGAGCAAUUUGAUCGCGAGUUCACAACGCGUGCCAAUCGUGGAGUCAUGCCACAUGGUGGUCAUCGCGGUGGCAUGCGCGCUAUACAGGCUCCAGUAUCGAGCGGUUCGACUGUAACUAUUGAGCCACUGGAUGAUGAUGAUGAUGAUUGUGUGAUCCAAGAGCCAUCGCACUCGGGUCGACCCGCAUUGCCAGCGCCGCCAACAGCUCCACACAGCAGCGACACAGCAGCAACAACAUCUUCGCCUCAUCGCAACGCCGCAAUUAUCACAAGUCCAGCGCCGUCAUCACCCACAGUCUACGGCGUUACAAAUAAUAACUAUUUGGGCGGAAACGGAAAUGCAUCGUCGUCGUCGCGUCGCGCCUAUCUGCGUAACGCACAACAUUUGGCCACGCCCCGUCGCCCACUGCGAACACCUUCGUCAUCACCGUUGGCCACAGUUUCCAGCGCUAGUCACAGCAUUGCCGGCUCGCCAAGUAUACAUCCACAUCCCUAUGCUGCAAAUCACGCAGCCGCACGCCGUCAACAGCGUCUAAAGCACCAUCACCAUCAUCAUCAAGGCAAUGGCAAUGGAGGAGCAACAGAAGAAGCAACUGAGCCCCGCAUCAAAUCGGCGAAGCGGAGCAACAAACCUCAAUAAUAAGCUAUUUGAAGCAACCAGCAUAAUAGAAUAACGCAUACCUAUGCAACAUUACACCCCCAAACACACGGUUAAUUUAGCCCCAAACUUCAAAUUGGUCACAUAAAAAAAAAAAAAAAAAACAAAUCUGAUAAAACAUUCAUACAGACAUUAUUUCACACGUAUUAUUACAUUCUGCAUUGCGAUCUUUACAAUUUUUGGCUUGACCAAUCCAUAAAUCGUAUAUACAUACAUAUAUAUAUAUAUAUAAUUUCCAAACAAAACUCAUUUGAAAUUAUAAUAUUUUGUAAGAAAUUGAAAUAGUUUCUGCCGGCAACAGGCAGUCAACACUUUUUGAUAUCCAUUGUUUUUCCCCUGACAUCACACACAAUCACACACAGCGACACCAAUACAAUGUUAAUGGAAAUUUUAAGUUGUAUUCAAUAUUAAAACAAUAUUUAAGCAACGGCACCAAUAUGGAUUUGGGCGUUUUGCAAAUAUUC